AUGCGUUUUGGAACCCUGUUGUCCCAACUGUCCUUAUUGUCCUCUGUAGUCCAAGGCGGACGGGUACACAUCCAACCCUCUCCGAGCAUCUCCCCACCAAAAACGUUUGCAUUGGGAGAUGACUUCCGGNAGACGGCCGCACAGGAACAUAUUGAGUUUCUCCCUACGAAUGAUCGACGGCAUGUACUGCUCUUCCUAUUGAAUGACCAAGCAAAUGAUAUUGCACGCGAUGUAAUCCGACCCAGUGAUCUCAUCUCUGCAAGCACUUUCUCCCGGCUGCGACAGUAUCUCAUCGACGAUACUGACAGAUUGGCGGCUCGCUACAAGUUACAGACGACAAUCCAGAAGCCGGGCAAGAAAAUUCAUAACGUUGUCCGACAUCUGCGCCGCUGGGCCGAAGAUUUCUUCCCGGAAUCGGCCGAAGAAAGUAUGGAUUUUAGAAUCCAUGUAGAGUCCAAGUAUGCGGCGGCGUCCGGUAUCCGGAACUUAUCAAGAAGUUCCGAAGACUCGCCACCGACAUUACAGGCCGCAUGGGAGAUGGAACGUGGAAUUGAACAACUCGAAAGUGUGCUACGUGAACAUCAAUUUGGCUUGCCGGAGAACUCCACCCCUAUCCGCCCACCCAGAGGCAGGUUUGGAGGUUUCGCAGACCUCAGUAAACACAGCGUCCGAGCUUUCCCACAAUAUAAUCUAGAUUGCGUUGGCCUUCCCAACAGAGCAACUGCAAAUACUGUCGGUGCUUUCGAACGCGUGCAGUUGCAUGCAGGCACAACCAAAUCAGUGAGUCUAGCGUUUCUCUCUGGUCAUUUGCCGGCUGUGGCCAAAAAGUCAACCCGAUGCUAUCUAUCAUUUUAUGGGGAGGUGGCAAUUUGCGUGAUAUUUGGCUUGUGA